AUGUCGGUCAACGACUGGUAUUCGUUGUUUCUGGCAAAUCGGCCGGUGGAAAUGAAACGGAAUGCUUCGAGAGGAAAGAAGACAACGUGCUAUUCAAUGUACAUUUCAAAGUUGAAAUCUCCACAGGUGACCGAAAAUCUUCGAUACCAGAUUAGCUCCUUCUUAUACGAUCAGAAGACGUCGCAAAUGUUUGGAAGACAGUGUCGAACUGAAUGGAGGACAGCGGACAAUAAUGGAACUUGUGUUUUCAAUGAGGCACUGUACUUCUAUUCAGAAGUUAAUGACAGAGAUCUUUUACUUAUCAUUGAGUUUGUGGAACAAGCUGUUGAUGACAUUACACCAGCUACUAGUUUGGGAUGGUUCACUACAAAUGUUGAGAAGAGACGAGCAGUGGAAAUAUCUGAAAAUCGAUCAUUCGAAAUAUUCGGAGGAACUCCAAAAUUGCUGAUUUUCGAUAAAGAAGUGAUUUUAAAGUCAGUUGGAAAUGUGGAGUGCAGCUAUAAUACCUACAACAUGCCUCCAUUUUUCUUCCAAACAGUUCCAGAGUUUUGUAUUGUUUGUGAGGAUGAUAUUAUUCCGGGGAUUCUAAACGAUAAUACGGAUGAUUGCUGGCUGAGUUCUCCAAAAGAAAUGGCUACGAUACCUGCUGCGAUAGACGCUAUUGCAAUUCAAUUCAAGAACAAUGUUCCAGAAUUAGAGAGACAAAUUACAAAUGAUAUAGAAAGAGAAUGGGCGUUGAAAGAAGGAGGAUUGAAUAAGCCGAAAGCAGUAAUUAUGGACCGAAAAAUCAGAAUUGGUGUCCAUAAUGGGUAUACAUAUGUGACAGAACCAUUUACAGUAGACUUGGAGAUAAUUAAUGCAAAUGAAGGCGGAACUUUGAGAUCUCGGAAGAAACCAAUUGAUUUCGGAAAGUCUUCGAAUUGGGGAGAACAAUUAAUAUUCCAAGCGGCUGGAAACCCCCGUCUCGCUCUUCGAAACCUGUACGCUGACUCGAGAAUGGCUAUCAUAUUCUUACUCGAGUAUACAUUCCACCGAGAGGAUAACCAGAGUUUGAACCAAACAAUACUGAUAGGAUGGGCAGCAUGGACACCGUUCUCAGAUAACAUUUUUGCUGGAAAAGAAGUUGAGACACGUGUCAGCUUUGUUGGUGGUCCACGUCCGAAUCCAGAAGGUGUUUUAUGUUACAAGAACGUGCUGAACCAACCCGAUUCUGUGAAACCGCUGAAUGAGAAGUUGGAGAUAUUCGUGGAUUUCAAGUUUUAUGAAAAUGGAAAAAGUGUUCAUAAUACUCCAAUAACAAGAAGAUCAGAAAAAAUUCAAACUGCUCGAUCAUCGGAAAAUGUGAAUUCUGGUAGAUCAAGAGGGAAGAACGUGACGAUAGAAACGCCUAGAAGUCCCGAGAAUUCAAGUAGAUUCCCUGCACUUGUUGAUACUGGAAGAUCAAUUUCCUCAGUGGAUGAACUGAAAUCAAUCAAUGAAGAGUUGGAUAGAUUCAUUGAAGAGCCAACUGAACAGCCGAUUCAAGAGAUAGUUGUACCGAAGAAGGCAGUAGAAGAGCCACUUCCAUUCACUUCAGUUUACAAGAUACCAUUUGAAGAAAUGAAACCAGCCAACUUCCCUCGAUCAGUCUAUUCAAUGUUCGCAAGAUUAGAUUUCAUUCAGUUGAGAGAUAGAAAUGGAGAAGGACCAAGUACAGAAGAUGUCACUUUGAGAACUAUAGUUGAUAUGAAGAGGGAAAGUCUGGAUCGAUUGGAUACGGCACAUAUUUAUUUUCAAUUUAUCGCUUUCAAGCAACUCGCAUCUCCGGAUGCCGUAAUAACAAAAAAAGUGUUCAUCACUCUAAACUUCUACCGAUUCCCUGAAAUAACUACUGAAUCAAUGUUACUCACGCAAAUGGAGAAGGGAGAACCUCAUCUGUUGAGAAGAGUUGACAGCAAUGGAGCAGCUGAUGAGACAGCCCCACCCGGGUUUAUUGCAAAAUACAUAAUCGAAGGAGAAGAGAGCAAACUAGAUUUUCUCGAAUUCAUCGCGACUGGUCACGCCUGUGUCGAUGUAUGGGAUUCAGAUUCUUUGAUUCAUCUGGGAUCAACUAUUGUGCCUUUGAAGAGUUUGUACCGAAAAGGAAGAGAAGCUGUUCAAUCAUUCAUUCAAUGCCCUGUUGUGGAUACUUCCUUGGAUACAGCCUCGAAAGCUAGAGCAUUUCUGUAUCUGAGAAUUGCAAAUAUUGGAUUGCCUUCUGGUCACGGUGAGAAUUUUGAAUUUAAUAGUUUAUUAAAUAAUAAAUAA